CCUCCGACGAGGGAGGUGUACAUGCCGGUUUGUUUAUAAAAACUCGGUUUUCUUUAAAAAAAAAAAGUCCUUUUAAGAAACCUCAAUUAAAUAAAUACUUAUUUUAUCAACGUAAAUGUUUUAUUGACUGAUGUCUCUAUAUAACAAAGGAUACUUGUGCUAAACGUCAUGUACAUGAAGUUUUUAAUUUAAAUAUGUCGAGGCGGUAGUAAAGUGUUCAGUAUAUUUAUAUAUUUAAAAAAGUGACGCUUAUCCUCAGCCGUGUUGCUAAAAAUUUAAAAAAACAGAUGUGACCUUGUGUACUAGUUAAUUUUUUAAUUUUAUGUAUGUAUUUAGUUAUACGUGUUAAUAUUAUAUUAUUUAAGUCAGCGUGACGAGUGAUAUGACCUGACCAGGAAAAUAUAAAUAUAAAGAGAAAAAUAUAAAAGUAAAGAGUUGUGAGUGGGUUUUGUGUUUAAGUAAAGUGUAUUUUAGUUUUUUAAUGCUAAGUCUUUCCUGUUUCUGUUAACACUGUAUCGUUUAUCAAGAUUUGCAUAGUGACGCAAUAGCUAUUGAAAAUAAAGAAAACAACAUUUACUAGAGGGAGAAGAAAGAGAGAUGUACUGUGUGAUUACAUUUGUCAGGUUGUCUUGAGUUGAGUAAAUAUAAAAUAUUUCAAACACAGUGAUGACAAAAGAUUGUUAAGAAGAAGAAUGAUAUUUUGAAUUUUGUCUGUAACUUCCAGGAAAAUUCUCAGUGUGAAAUUCGCAGUAAGCCUUCUUUUUUUUUUUUAUAGUUAAACCGGGUUAUUUUAUAUUUUUUUUCUCUACCUGGCGGUUCUUGGUAACAUCUCUGCAAUAGCAUUUUACUUUACAACUGUAAGGUAUUAUAGUUGUAAAAGGAAUUCCUUUGUCCUCUGGUGGCAUUGAACGAAGCACAGGAGUGUGUUAGUUGGGUUGAUGUUGGUAAGCUGGUGAUGCUGGCGAUGUUGCUGCUGAAGGUGAAGUAAAACCACUUGAACAGAACGCAGCUCUUGGACCGGUGAAUGUCCGUCUGCAAGCGACCAAGCGCGAGGGCAACAACCAUCGGACUUCCACUAUCACCAUCGCAAUCAUCACUACCACUAUUGCCUCCAUCGACACGAGGCCAAGGAUUCAAGGUCACGGGGAUCUAAGAAUCAAGGGUCAGACUGUUGUCGUCACCCUUGUAUUUAUUAUAUUUUCAUUAUUUAUCGUUUUUACUUUGUCUCAUAAAUAAUAUUCAGACAAAUCUUUAUCAUCAGUCCAGGUGAUACUUUCUGGAUUUAAAGUGACAAGUAAACAGUGAAGGGAAAAUAAUAAAAUAUAUAUUUCAACACUGCAGCAGGCUAUACACAGUUUUUAGAUAAAUUUGUGAAUUUAUUUGUAUAAUAUUUUUUUAUUACGGAUACAAAUCACAUUGGGAUACAAACGACGAGGUAAAAUGCCACGACGAGGAUCAUUGAUGAAAGCUGGGAUGGUAUUAGUGAGGGCAGCUGUGCUAGCAGCUGUUUUGACCCAACUUUUGGGACCAAGUGAGGCCAUAAGGCCUGCUGGUUCUCAUCCGGGACAUGCUUAUUUUGAACAACCUUGUUGCGGCCGCUCACAUUUGCGGCAUCACAAAGAACAUGUCCGGGAAUUCAGCUGUGGAAUGCUGUACUACAGAACACUUUACCUGGAUAGUAAAAGAGAUACUCUUUACGUCGGAGCUAUGGAUAAAGUCUUCAAGCUCAAUCUAAGCAACAUCAGCCACUCCAACUGUGAAAGAGACGUUCUUAAUCUGGAACCAAGUAAUGUGGCAAAUUGCGUGUCGAAAGGAAAGUCUGAGCACUUUGACUGCCGGAACCACAUACGAGUGAUCCAGCCAAUGAGCGACGGUAACCGUCUGUACAUCUGUGGUACCAACGCACACUCGCCAAAAGACUGGGUGAUUUACAGCAACUUAACUCAUUUACCGCGACACGAAUUCGUGCCAGGUAUAGGAAUGGGUAUAGCCAAGUGUCCUUAUGAUCCCGCUGACAAUUCAACGGCAGUUUGGGUAGAAAAGGGCAAUCCUGGCAACUUGCCGGCCUUGUACUCCGGCACGAACGCUGAAUUUACCAAAGCGGACACUGUUAUAUUUCGCACAGAUCUGUAUAACUUGACCGAUGGUCGCAAGGAGUAUAGUUUCAAGAGAACACUCAAGUACGACUCCAAGUGGCUUGACAAACCAAAUUUCGUUGGAUCCUUUGACAUUGGUACUCAUGUAUUCUUCUUUUUCCGUGAGACUGCAGUAGAGUACAUAAAUUGUGGUAAAAGUGUGUACUCUCGAGUCGCACGAGUCUGUAAAAGAGAUACAGGAGGCAAGAAUAUAUUAUCACAAAAUUGGGCGACAUAUCUCAAGGCCCGACUCAAUUGCUCAAUUCCGGGCGAGUUUCCAUUCUACUUUAAUGAAAUUCAGAGUAUCUACAAAGUACCAGGUGACGAUACACAUUUUUAUGGAACAUUCACAACAUCAACAAAUGGUCUGAUGGGUUCGGCCAUUUGUUCGUUCCACAUCGACGCUAUUCAAGAAGCAUUUCGUGGUAAAUUUAAAGAACAAGCUACAAGCAGUAGUGCUUGGCUUCCUGUACUAUCCAACAAAGUACCUGAGCCACGACCAGGUCAAUGUGUAAACGACACGGAAACGUUACCAGACACUGUUCUCAAUUUUAUAAGAUCGCAUCCACUCAUGGAUUCAGCUAUUUCACAUGAAAAUGAAAAACCUGUAUUUUUUAAACGUGACAUCAUGUUUACAAGACUUGUUGUUGAUAAAUUGAGAAUUGACUUCAUCGGAAUGGAUCUUGAAUACACAGUCUACUAUGCAGGCUCAAGUGAUGGUAGAGUACACAAAGUUGUGCAGUGGGUAGACAGUAAUGGAGACUCUCAGUCAAUUCUACUCGAUGUAUUUGAUGUAACUCCCGGUGAGCCUAUUCAAGCGAUGGAGAUAUCCAAGGAGCAUAGAGCGCUUUAUGUGGCCUCAGACCAUCGUAUAAAGCAGAUCGAUUUAGUUAUGUGCUCACGGCGAUAUGAUAACUGUCUGCGUUGUGUUCACGAUCCAUAUUGCGGCUGGGACAAAGACACAAAUGCUUGUAAACCCUAUGCACCUGGCCUUCUCCAAGACGUUUCCAACAGCACCGCUGACGUUUGUGACAGCAGCGUCGGUAAACGGAAACUUGUUGUCACGUGGGGCCAAUCGGUACAUCUGGGCUGCUUCGUCAAGAUGCCGGAGGUCUUGAUGAAUCAAGAGGUCAGGUGGUAUCACUACAGCAAAGAAAAAGGAAGGUAUCAAAUCGCCUACAAGUACGGCGCUGGAGGUGACAAGUUCAUUGAGACUUCAGAGAAGGGUCUUGUUAUUGUCGGCGUAAAUGAACAGGAUGCAGGAAGAUACGACUGCUGGCUUGGUGGUGCUCUGCUUUGUUCCUACAACAUCACCGUUGAUGCCCAUCGGUGUUCAGCCCCAGCGAAGGCAGCUGACUAUCAAAAAAUAUAUUCCGACUGGUGUCAUGAGUUUGAAAAAUACAAGUCGGCGAUGAAAAGUUGGGAGAGAAAGCAAGCUCAAUGCGCAUCAAGACAGAACGAUAGCAACCAGAAUGUUCACACGAAUGAAGUAUAUGGCACACCACUGGUGUGAUCAAACGGUGUGCCAGAGCCUUUAUUGAGCAGAGAUUACAACACGAUGAUUCGUACAAAUGUCCAGCCAAGUAACGGCGUUUCCGGUGAGAUUGGCCUCUGGUGUUACUCACCACUACUGUUUCUGAUAGCUCACUACUUCUUUGACUCUAGUGUGAUGACUGGAUUAUCGUUCAUUGUGUGAAUUUGACUAAAGUUAAAAAAAAAACAAUACAUUGCGAAAGUGUUCUAAAACUUGAUUUAAAAAAAUACACAAUAGUGCCAUCACCAAUUUUUUUUUACGUCGUGAAUAAUGAAAAAAAAAAAUUUUAAAAUUAACAAAAGUUGUAUUAAAAGACUCCAGUGACUGCCUCACGAUAAUGUGCUAUUAUUGCUUUUUAAUUUUAUUUUUAUUCAACAAGUAAUUUAAAUAUAAUAAAUUUUUUCUACAUUUAUCAUUUUUAAUUAAAUGUAAAUAGUUAAAUUGAAGUUAAAAAUAAAAUAAUUAAAUAGCAACAUGGCACAUUAUCGAUUAUGACGUAACAAAUAAACAAGAUUUGAAUUCGUCUGUCUUUAAAAAUCGAAUACAUUUAUGUUAUAUAUAUAUUUUUUUUUUUUUAACUAUUAGAAAUUCAUAUAUGUAUAUGACAGAGUGUUCGAUCGAUUAUAGACUUCUGGAGGACCAAGUGACUUACAAGUCGCCAGUGCCGCAUAAAUAAUUUCGCCUACUACGAAAAAAAAUAAAAUAAAAAAAAAAAAAAUUGAAGCAAGUAAAGGUACGAACGUCAAAAGUAUUCUCUGUUUUCUCAGACCUGUGAUAUGGAUGAGUAGCCGAGUGAAAUCCGUGUUUUAUCAUUUUUAAUGAAAUCUAAAAUCCAUGAGUAAAAUUACCGUGUAUUUAUAAGACAUAAUAAUAAUUAUUAUGUACAUAAAUUAACAAUUAAGGUAAAUAAAAAAAUUGAAAGAAAAAAUGUUAAGAUAAACACGGAUAGACUUUUUGAAAAGCAGAAAACAAUCAUGAAACGUGUAUAUAUUUCGUUUCGUUUUGAGGUGUGUCACGUUAUUAAAUAGGAUAUACAUUUAUAAUUUAAUAAGUGUUGGUGGCGGACGCUAAAAAAUAAUAUGUAUUACGAAGCUGUCCAUAAUAAUUAAUUAAAUAAAAAGUUGCUUCUCGAUCGACUGAUGAUAAGCACGAUUAAGUAAUAAAUAAUAGUAAUAAUACUAAUUAAUAACAAUAAUAAUAACUAAUAAUAAAAAAAAAAUAAUAAUAAUAAUAAUAAUGAUAACGAUAAAGAAUAAUUGGGUGUGUCUUCACUGCGUCUGUAAUUUUAAUGAAUAAAAAGUACAGUCGUACAAAAAAAAAGUUACAUAAUGAGAUUACCGACGGCUUUUCCGCAAAAUAAAAAACACUUUUCGCGCAUUUUUUACCGUGUUGUAAUUAUAAUUACUUUUUUUUUAAUUAAAACUUUAAUUUUAAUGUAUUUUUUUUUUUUUUUUUAUAAUUUUAAUAAUUUUAAUUAAGCAGUAUUUUAAAGGCAUUGAGUAUUAACAGAUGACAUAAAUAUUUUAACGGUUAAAAAAAAAAAUAAUUAUAUAUGUAUUAUUUUUAAUGACGUUAUAUUUGUACUUGACAAUUAUAAUUUUGAAUAUCGCGCGUGUGUUACAAUAGCGAGAGCCAAUAUUUGUAAAAUAACAUAGGGAUUCGUGUCGGGGAUCCUUUUACUUUCAUUGAGAUUAUUUUACCCGGGUUUCUGUUUAACUCUAUCGUCUUUAGCGAAUAUAGCAACGGAAUAUAGUAGAUUACUUAAUUUGUACACAAAAUACUACACUGCCCCUUAUUACAUGAGAUGCUCAUAAUCUGAAAGCCAUUUUCUCAUUUCCUCAUACACACACACAUAUAUAUAUAUAUAUAUAUAUAUAUAUAUAUAUAUAUAUAAAUGCAUCCAGUAAUUAUAUUCAUUACCUCACUCUAAUUCUGUUUACUCUAUCUUUUGUUUUCUCUCCUCUAUUUAUCCGUUCCUAUUUAUGUUUUUUCUUCAUCUCAUUCAUUACAUACGCGCUCAUGUAUAUUAUAUGUGUACAAGCACAUCCUCGCGAUCAUAUUGUACAUACGGAAUUAAAAAGUCACUUGCAAUUUCUAAUAGACAACUAUAAUAUUAGUUUAUAGAUAAUUAGCGUUUACGUUAAUUUAUUAUGACCCGAAAGAGUAAAUUGGUUAGGAUGGUAGUCAUGAUCGUGGUAGGAAACUGUUUUAUUUUUUUUUUUUUUUUUUUUUUUUUUACUUUUUUUGAUCAUCGGAAAAUUAACGGAAGUAUUUAGAGAGAUUUAAAAUUCAUUAAAUUAUAGAGAUGUGAAAAAGUUCUCUAUUAUAUAAAAAAAAAAAUAGUUUAUAACUGCCUAGAUUACUAUUUUAUGACAGCAUUUUUUUUUUUUUACAUAAAUUCAAGUUAUUAUGAAAAAACAUGCACAUCUACAGUGAGAAAAAAAAUAUAUGCUGGGAAUUACUGUCAGUUCACUAAAACGAGACAUUUUUUACUAAAAUAUUCGGCGACGUUGAGCCAACGGCGACUUGAUGAAAACUAAAUCUAGUCCGCAGCACAAUUUUCUUUCUCAGCAUACAAAUUGAAAGUAUUUAUUAGAGAACUUCAAUCGUCUAUAUAUUAAUGAAAUAAAACAGAAAUUCAAGCCAUGACACACUUUUCUAUCGGACUAUUUUAGGUUGAUUACUUUAAACAUAAAAAAAAUGAUACGUAUAACAAAGUGAUAGUAUAUUGCCGUCGGUUUGUAAAUAUUUUUAAAAAUAUAUCAUAAACAUUCAUAUUUUUUUUUUUUUAUGUUCAGAAACAUUAUUUCAUUUUCGAUAUCGACACUGACGAUAUUAUGUAUAUUUGUAUCUCGCGAUGAGUCGGUCAACGCAAGUUAUCUGGGCGAAUGAAGGGUAAUAUUGUUGUGUAUAAAAAAUAAAAUGUUAUCUUUAAGCCUCUGUACAAAAAAAUAUUAAAAUAAAACCAAUUUUCAUGGCAACUAUCGUAAAAAAAAAAAAAAAACGAUUUAGAUGAGUCAGCGUGUCGGGAAAAAUGAUUUUAUUUUUUACAUCUCCAACUUUGAUGAAAUUAGGUUUAUCUAAAAUACAUAUAUAUAUAGAUAUAUAUAUAUAUAUAUAGUAAAAAUAAUGGGAUGUAGAAAUAAAUCGAUAAUGAUUAUAAAUAAAAAAAAAAAAUAGCACGAUCCAUAGUCAGUGAAUUGCAAUAUAAAAUUGAUAUGAAGGGAAUAAAAUAAAUGAUAAUUCUCAAAUGAAACAUGAGCUUCGACAAGUAUUGAAUAGUAUUAUGAAUUAAGAAUGUAAAAUUGAAAUAAAAUAUCAAGUAUACAAAGAUAAAUAAACAAUGGUAAUAAUAAUCAUAAUAAAAAUAUCAGUAUUUGUGCAUCGGUUUCCGAAAUUUUGUUUUUACUCGGUUUAAAUUUUUUCAUAAAAAUUAUGACGCUAGUUCUAUCACUACUGGUGUUGUAAUUUUUAUCGUAAAAAUAAUAUUGUUAACAUAAAUAAUUUUUUAUAUUAUAUUUAUAUAUUAUAACACGAACAUUAAGAGUUUACGCGUGAUAUAUCUGUACGUGUCUCGCUGAUUCGCAACUAAAUAUUCACGUGAGCCGCCCGCCAAUCACAUUAAAAAUUAUUAUUUCAAAAAAUCGACGUAAAUAUAUUUAAAAGUAAUAACACGAAUUCCGAGACAAGUUAAAAGCAGAAGAAUACAUAAAAAAAAAUAAAUAAUAAACAAUAAUAAAGAUAAUAUUUAGAAUAUUACCUUGUAGAAAAGGUAACAAAUAAGACUAUAUUGAAAGCGAAGAUGCUGGAUAAAAAUAAGAUUUAAGAAAAAAAUAGUAUGGUAUAUAUCUUUGGUCGUAGUUGCCCGAGAUGGGAUUGGGGAGCAUGCCAAAACAUGAUGGAGUUUUUUUUCGUUCUAUUAAAGAUUCUUCUUUGAUAUACGACACAUCAAAAGAAAUGUAUAGUAUGUAAAAAGAUUAUUCAAAGUAUCUUAAGUAUCAUCUCGGGAUUAUUGGUGUUACGAGAGUGAUUAUGGAAAGCAAUUUAGGACGAACAUAAUGUUGUUAGAAAUAUUAUUUUUAAGACUAUCAAGUAUUGUAUAUGUUAUAUCAAUAUAUAUGUAUGUAUAUAUAUAUACAUAUUAUACUGGGUCAA